AUGGUGGAGACACCUUUCUAUAGCCGAGCGUUGAUUCCUUCUCAAUGCACCUGUCCAUUGUUCACCUUUGACCACAGAUUUGACCAGGAGACACCGGCCCACUGCGUCCUUUACAGCUCGGGUCUGGCCGCAGCCUUCGGUAUUUUCAGCCACUUCCUGCCCAAGCGCGUCUUCAUCACGGGAGGCUACCAUGGGACCCACCAGGUCCUGGCGCAGCUGCAGAAGAUCUCAGAUGGCGCCAGGUACAAAAAGGAGCCCCUGAGAAGUCCUGAAGAGAUUGGUGCUUUCCUCCAAGCAGGUGAUCUGAUUUGGUUGGAAACCCCUUUGAAUCCCACCUGCGAAGUAGCAGACAUCCAAGCCUAUGUGGCUGCAGCAAGGGCCAAAGCUGAUGUUCAUGUGGUGGUCGACGGAACGUUUCCUGGCAGCUAUUCGGCAGCUGUUUCCUCCAAUUUCUUGGAAGAUUGGUUUGCACCGCCACCCCUGCAACGGCCUCUGCUGCUGGGCGUGGAUGCUGUGAUGCACGCCACCACCAAGUCCCUGGCGGGCCACUCGGACGCGCUGGGGGGCGCCGUUUGCGUCCCAUCGGCGGAGGAAGCCCAGCGGCUGAAGCAGGACCGCAUGGCACUGGGCUCGACGCCUGGGAGUUUGGAGGUCUGGCUCUUGAUGCGCUCCUUGCGCACCCUUCACCUGCGAGCGGAGAGGCAAUCGCAAACAGCCACGCAGCUGUCUGGCUGGCUACAUGAGGCCACAAAGGACAAGUCGCAUGUCCUGUUUGGUCUGGUCCAUUCAGUGCAGCAUCCUUCGUUGGGCGCUGCUCUGACCGUGGCUUCCAAGCAGAUGAAGGGCUUCGGCGGCUGUUUCGCGCUGGAGCUGUCAACCGAGGCAGCUGCCAAGGCCAUGCCUGGUGCGUUGAAACUGUUCCGAAGUGCCACAUCCCUGGGGGGUGUGGAGAGUCUCAUUGAGUGGCGGAGAAAGUGGGAUUCUGCCAUCUCCCCGUUGCUGCUUCGGAUCUCCAUUGGUUUGGAAGACUUUGAACAUCUCAAAGCAGAUUUAGAGCAAGGGAUCUUGAAGGUUUCUUCCAAAGAGUAG